GUGCUCGGUCGCAAACAAAACAUUCCUCCAGGGCGGCCGCGGCUGAUGCUGACGUAUUGUGUAUAUAUUUUGCAAACGUUUUUUAUCGCUCUAAUUUGUUAUUUUAUGUGCCUGUUUCGUUAAGGUGCCAUUUCUAUUUGUGCCAAUCUGCAUUAAAACAAACUCAAAGAAACAAUGGAUGAAAUAAUAACAAUCAUACGAGCACUGGCCAUAUCAAACGCUGGCAAUGGCAUCACUGUGGCACAACUAAAUAAGGAUUUUAAAAAUCUCGAAGGAUAUUCCAUCCCAUACACGAAGUUUGGAUUCCAUUCGUUAGAUGCGAUGCUGCGUACAAUGACCGAUGCCGUACAGGUCAAUGGCUUUGGAUUGACCGCGAUAGUACAACCGCUCACCAAUGAGAAAUCCCAACAUGUACGAGAAAUGGUGAAAAGAAGCAAAAACACUAGUAAAAAACCAAUCUACAGCUACCAACCGCCAUCGUACACGGCUGCCCCAGUGAAAGGGAAUAACAGUUACCACGACAAGACCCAUGGAACCCAAUUUACACAAUUCACGUCGAACAAUGGCUUACAGCGGCCUCCGCCGAGUAUUGACAUGCAAAAGUUCCAAGAAGACAUACGGGAAGAGAUGCGAAGGGCAGAGAGGCAGAGUAACGCUCUGAAAGCGAUCGCAAACGCGGAUGGAACACAGAGGCAAACGCAAUUGAACGGCCAAGUAGAACAACGAAAACCCGUACCUAUUGGUGGUCACAAGCUGACCCCAUCUCAUAACAAGAAUGUCCAAAGCAAUGCGACAAACAGGGACACCAUCGCUGUACCCUCCCCAAAUGUGGCAAGUAUGAUGACAAAUGGUGUGAAAGUUCCCGUGAGCGGUAGCACUGCACCGAAACAGAAGGACGAAAGCGUCAUUCAGAUGCCCGUUGAUGCUAUGACUGCAAGGGAAGCGGUUGCGGAAACGAUUCUGCCAGCUCAUUUGAAACCGAAAACCGUCCAUAAGACGGUUGUGACGGCAGCCCUCAAUCCCAAGCAUUUGCACGUACACUUGGCGGAACAAACGGAAAAGUUACAGAGCUUAGCGCCUUACAUUGACUCCAUCUACCGCACGAAGGCGUCCAGCGACGAAUGGCUCGUGCCGGAAGCGAUGGCAAAGGCUGGUCUGUACUGUGCAGCCAAAUACUACAACCAGUGGUAUCGAGCAAAGAUUAUGGGUGGAAUCAAUCACCAGCGCGUGCUGUUGCUGUACAUCGACUACGGAUACCUGCGGUACGUGCGAUUGUGCGAUGUGAGAUUCCUGGCACGAGAACUGGCAUCGAUACCGCCACAAGCGCUCCAGGUUUCGUUGGAAUAUGUGAAACCAGCACACGGCACGUGGAGUGACGCGUGCUGUGACCAGCUUGCUACAUUGGUUCAUCGUAAAGUGCUGGAUAUGGUCAUUGUCAACAGGAAGCAGGAGGAUUGCACGGUGGAUGUGAUACUUACGUGUUCGCUUGACAGUCCAAUCGAUUCGCUGAUACGCAAUCCGGACGAGAGUACGCUGAACAGACAGCUUGCGCUGCGUAGUGAUACCGCAUGGUCGUUGGCAGAGUAAUGCAACCGAAACGAUGUUAUCAUAAAUGGACUUAUUUUUUUAGAAUAUGAACAAGGCGACAAGGUGAUACGGGCCAGGCCCGUUCGUUAAGAAAUUGAAUAAAAUGACAAGCAGUGAAGCGUA